CCAAAUUCUUCAUCCAUUUUCUCACUCCAAAACACACACCCUCACUCACACACUCUCUCUAAAACUUAGAGUUCAGGGAAAAUCGAAGGUGUCGCAGUUGCGGGAGCCCCAGGAAACCCUAGUUUCAGUCUCAGAUAACUUUCUCCGAUCUUCAUUUGGAUCGUUUUGUUAUCUGUUUCGAUUGGAUUUUACGGUUGUUUUAGUCUCACUCGCAUUUGCCAUUUCCGUAUUCGAUCUGUGCUUUUUAAAUCUUGCUUGUUUGCUUCGAUGGGGGAAUGUGUUCUGAACAAAUGCUCUUCAUCUGUAGAAGAACGUAGCCCUAAAACAAGAAUGAUCGAGCAUGAAAACCCUAGGGUUUCUCCUGUUGCAGUCAUGGCAAUAGAAUCACAUGGGCAACCAAUGGAGAAAUCAGGGGUUUCUUGUGAUAUGGAUUGUAGGGGUUUGGUAUCGCCAAUUCAAAGCCAGGAUUUGCCUAAACGCAAGAGGAAGCGGCGAUCUUUAGAGGGGAACAUGAGUCAGGAAGAGAAGGAGUUGAAAAUUGCUGCAUUUCGUGAAGAAAUUCAGGGUUUGUUAAGGUAUUAUGAUGAAUUUAUGAGUGAGAAAACAGAUUUGGGUGUGGAUUUGAAUGGAUCAAUGGAUUCAGUUAUUGCAUGUUUAAUCGAGGAGAGCGAAUUGCCAUUGAAAAAGCUCGUUGAUAGUGUUCUGAAGAGCCUGAAGAGAAAGGGAGGAGAAGGGGCGAACAUUACACUUUUGAGUGUUCAAAACUCUAUUCAUCGUGUUGGGAUAAGAAAUAAGUAUGGUAUUGAAAAUCCAAAUGCAGAUUUAAUGGAAGAUGAAUCAAAGCCUUGCCUUUGGUGCUGGGAGACGAGAGAAUUGAAGCUACUCCCCAAGGCCCACCAUGGAAUUUUGAAAAUUAGGCGCACUGGUCGACGGAGGAUCAGGGAAAGAAUUGCUGCAGUUUCUGAGAUGAUAUCAUCAUUGUCAGCACAAGAAAAUGAAAAUGAUUACAAAGCAAAAAUAAUGGAAGCAUCUGGAAAACUUCGGAAAAUAUUAAAUUUGGAACGUAUACGUGAUUUAGUAUCAAACUUACUGCAAAAGAUUGAAGCAGGAAGGGAGGUGAUUGGGGAGCAGGAGCAGAAGCUAUUGGAUCGUGAGCUUAAAAAUAUGGGGAAGGAACUGAAGCGCCAGAUGGAAGAAGCUGAAAGAGAAGAAAGGCAACGUGAAAAGGAACUUAAGCGCCAACAAGAUGAAGCGGAUAAAGAACAAAGGCGUCGUGAACGAGAAGAAGCUGAACUGAAGAAGCAACUUAAGCGGCAGCAAGAGGACGCUGAGAAAGAACAAAGACGUCAUGAAAAGGAAGAAGCUGAAUCAAAAAAGCAACUUAAGAAGCAGCAAGAAGAAGCCGAGAAAGAUAAGAGACGUCGUGAAAAAGAAGAAGCUGAACGCAAGAAGCAACUCAGUGUACAGAAGCAAGCUGCUAUGAUGAAACGUUUUUUCAAGAGUAAUUCUAAUGUCAACAUAUCACCGACCAAGGUGUCUUCUCCUCGUUCUCCUCACAAGAAUGAGCAAAUAUCCAAUGCAGUAAUAUUGGCAAUGGAUCACGCAUUUUCUCAUUAUGAGGCAAUGGAACUAUCUGACCUUUUAAGAUCACACUUGGGUACAUGGCAAAAUUGCUCCCUUCGAAAGAAGAAAUCUCAACGGUGGGGUAUGCGUCACAAUCCCAAGGUUGCUGUGAUAAAGGAGCUUAGGCUACAAGGAUCAUGUUCCGAAGUUGAAAAUUCUUCAAAAAUCACAACUCUAACAGCUAAAAGGCUUGCCUUUAAUGACACCAAUGACUCAACUGAUCAUCACAUAGAGAAGCUCGAUGAUGGAUGGGGUGUGAUGGCAUCUGAUGAUAGUUUAUGCCAUAAUGCUUCACCGACCUUCUUUCGGUUGUGCAAAAAGACUAAAAAGCUUCUGCAAUUUUAUAAGAGUCACAGGCCUGCAUAUUAUGGUACUAUGUCCAAGAAAAGUGAUGUUGUUGGAGCACGCCAUCCUUUCUCAAAAGAUCCCACCUUGGACUAUACAAUUGAGAGUGACGAAGAAUGGGAAGAGGAUGAUCCAGGUGAAAGCUUGUCUGACUUAGAUAAAGAUGAUGAGGAAGAUAAGGAAGCUGAAGAUAAUUUAAAGACUGAGAAUGAAGAUGGAAGUGAAGAUAGCUUCCUUGUUCCUGAUGGCUAUCUUUCAGAAAAUGAGGGAGUGCAGGUUAAUAGCCUGACAGAUGAGGAGGGAACUAGUGGUUGUGAAGUCAAGCCUGAACAUGAAACUGAAGAAUUCAGGGCAUUGCUAAGACAACAGAGAUACCUCAAUAAUCUCACAGAACAAGCCCUUCGAAGAAACCACGCAUUGGUGAUAACAAACCUGAUGCAUGAGAAGCUCAAUCUAAUGGUGGCGGAAGAUGUCACAGGCAACCCCAGGGUUGAACAACUGUGUCUACAAGCUCUGAGCAUAAGGCCAUGUUUUGAAGGUGCAUGUGUAGAGCUUUCUCAAGAACCUGAGUCUUGUAAGACCAAUGAGGAGGUCCCAAAGAGGAAGCCUAAGAAAGAAUCUGAAUCUUGCAAGACGAACAAAGAAGAGGCCCCCAGGAGACAAAGUAAGAGCAGCAUGACUCCAUCUGUAACAACAGCUACUGUCUUAUACGAUGCUGAUUUGCCUGAAAUUGUCUGGUGCAUCCAGUCAUUCUCAUAUGAAACAAGGAAGCUGUUCAAGUGCUUGCAAAGAAAGUUUCCUUUGGUUUCCAGAGCAGAUUUGCGUUGCAAAGUGCUAGAAAUUGCAACCUUUUUGCACAAACGUUGGCAGGUAAAGAAAGAGAUCCUGGACAAGUUAGGGAAGUCUGUCUUGCCAGAGAGAGGAAAAGUGAAGAAGGGGAUCACUACAUUUUUUACGAAGCGAUGUCAUCCUCCAGAAACUGAAGCCAUGGACUCAAUUAAAUCAGAGGACACCGAUACGAAAGCCAUUGAACCAAUCGAUUCCUCUCCUCAACCGUGCCGUAGAACAGAGGUCGUCAAUACCGAAGCCAUUAAAGUAAUUGAAUCCUCUCCUCCACCAUGCCAUAAAACAGAGGCCAAUACUAAAGCCAUGAAAGCAAUUGAUUCCUCUCGUCAACAACCAUGCCAUAAGACAGAGGCCACCACUGUUGAAGUCACACAAGCAAUCAAUUCCCACCCUCAACCAUUCCAUAAAACAGAGGAUAUUGAUGCCCAUGUAAUGUGCUCGGAAAGCUUUACUGGUUUUCAACCGAUGGCUACUAAUGUUGAAGUCAAGAAAGCAAUCAAUACCUCUCCUUAAACAGUCCAUAAAAUGGGGGCCAUCAAUGUCCAUGUCAUUUGCUCAGAAAACAUGCAACAAAUCUAGAAUCAUGAUGACAUUCCUGGUUCCCAACCUUCGCGGAUUCAUGAUGAUGUCAUAAAUGGCUCUCAACCAUGCUGUUAAGUUCUACUCAUCAUCCAUCAUGCAUAUGACCCAUGCUGGGGCAUCUAUUAAUCACGCCUCCGUGUAUGACUAUUGAUUGAUGUUGCUGUUAUACCUUGUAGAUGCCUAUUUUUGGCCGUACAUGAAAGAUGGUGCGUGAGUAUUUUUGCAUGUAUAACUAUGUAUGGCCAUGUGGCAGGAUAUGGAAGAGUGAUGUCUUAACAUGAAGAGAUGGAUUCAUGGGUAUAUAUCUGCAUGGUGCACCUUUUGUUAGCAUAUUGUAGUGAUAAUGACAAUACAUAUACUCCAUGGAUAGAGGAGGGCAAUUGUUUCAGUAUUUUGCAUCA